AUGAUGGUUGGAUUUUCUUCAGACACAACAAAUGCCAUGGCUGGAAAAUUUCAUUCUGUUUUCACAAAUUUGAAAACUGCUAUACCAGGUAUUGCCUGUAUUAAAUGUUCUUGUCAUAUGAUUCAUCUGUCUGCAUCCAAGGCGUGUCUAAAACUACCACGAUCUAUUGAAGAUUUAUUGCGCAACGUAGGCUCUCAUUUGAGUAUUAGUCAUUCUCGCCAAACCAAAUACAAAGCCUUUCAAGAAUUUUUUCAAGUGGAAAUACAUAAAAUAUUGGCACCUUGUACAACUCGCUGGCAGUCACUAAAAGCGUGUGUUGAUAGAGUAUUAAAACAAUUUUCUGCUCUCAAAGAAUAUUUUAGACUGGUUAAUUUUGAAGAUCCCUCCAAAACAUCAGAAUUAAUUUAUAGUACUAUGGAAAACUCAUUUAGGACCGUUCUUACCAAGUGA